GUAGAACGACGAGACUACCAUAAAGUGAUCGUCUCUGAUCGACAGCGGACGGAUUUCUGUACGUCUUUCUUUGCCGUUCAGAUUAAACAAGACAAACCGAAGACAAGAAAAUGACCGGUCGCGGUAAAGGUGGAAAGGGUCUGGGGAAAGGAGGCGCGAAGCGACACAGGAAAGUGCUCCGUGAUAACAUCCAAGGUAUCACGAAACCGGCCAUCCGUCGUCUCGCACGCAGAGGCGGUGUGAAACGUAUAUCCGGUCUGAUAUACGAAGAGACUCGCGGUGUCCUCAAAGUGUUCCUCGAGAACGUAAUCCGCGACGCCGUCACCUACACCGAGCACGCGAAGAGGAAGACCGUCACCGCCAUGGACGUAGUGUACGCCCUGAAACGUCAGGGACGUACUCUGUACGGUUUCGGCGGUUAA